GCUGAUACGUGUCCAGUUCUCAUUAACAUUCUUAACAAGUCCCUCUUUGGCUCUUGUCCAGAAUACAUGGAGUCAAUUGCUCCUUUUGUAACAAGUGAUGUUAUGAAGACUGCUGCUUAUGAGCUCAAGGAAUGUGUGCUUAAACUUUCACAGGAACAUUCAGGAGCCAUAGGGGAAUUGAUGGCUUUGUAACCAGCUCCCACCAUGGAUGACAGCGCUUGGGUGGGGACCUGGAGGCCUCAUCGUCCAAGGGGCCCAAUAAUGGCCCACUUUACCAGCCCAGGACCAAAGUACGCAAUACAGGGAACAACAGGUUACCUGAAGCACAACCCCACCAAAAGGAAAGCCCCUGCCUACACUUUUAAGGGGGCAAGGCCCUCGCUCCGUGAAGCCUGUUCUCCGGGUCCUCGUUACUAUGUGGAACCCGCAAUGACCAGGAAGGGAAAGGAAGUUGCCCCAGCUUAUACCAUGUGUGGGCGCCCCAAGGUGAAAACUGAGGUCACACCUGGCCCAAGCGACUAUUCAACAGAGAAGUCAAAAAAGCAUGUUUAUGAAUCUGCUCCUGUGCACUCCAUGUCAUUCAGGACUGGGAGCUUCAGAGUAGACAGCACUCCAGGUCCUGGUGCAUACACUAUCCCUCGGGUGAUGGGACCCAACACAGUGGACAAAACUGCUAGCCCUUGUUAUUCCAUGAAAUGGAAGAGUAAGCUUGGUCGCUUUGAUGAGGAUCUCCAUAAGACCCCAGGUCCAGCUGCAUAUAGAAAGACAGACAUUGAUGUGUACAAGAAGAGAGCCCCCAAGUACAGCAUGAGCUCGCGGACUAAGCCUGCAGGAACUGUUAGACAUCCUGGACCAGGAGACUAUUAUCCUGGAAAGAUAACACUGACCAAGCCUUGUGCCCCAGUUGUUACCUUCGGAAUCCGACACUCUGAGUAUACAAUGCCUUUGACAGUGGAUGUCUAUUGACCUUCACACAAGCCGCCUUACAGAAACUAAACUUAUUUUUCUAUAU